GUUCAGUUUCUAACUUCUAACUUCAUUCAGUUUAUUCUUGGAUGCUCUCCAUUAUUUGUUUUAGUCUUCAACUCUCUAUGGUGAUGUGUUUAAACUACAGUAGACUAGACUAGGGAAGUCGCCCAACCCCAUAUUUUCAAUGAAAAAGAUCUGUUGGGCUCUUGUUUUUUGCAGUCCAGGUAAUGGUUUUUAUGGUUUCUAAUCUUUGCUUUGAUGAUUCUUUUUCGGUGCAGGUUUUCAUUUGGCCACCUAAUUUGAAGAACCAGUUUUUUGUUUUGGCUGGGAAUUUAUUUUGAUCCCUGGUUUGGGUUGCAUCAGAGGUUGGGAUAAAUAGAGAAUGGAUGCCCUGCAAAUUGUUUCCUCUGCUACUCAGAUUGUUUCUAGCAUGAUUGGUGCGGUGGGCGCUCUGGAGCAAGCCUCGAGGAACCUCGAUGAAGCUCCUGGUAAGAUCAGAAGCCUCGAAGAGUUCAUGCUUGAGCUCGAAAAUUUGGUUGGGAGAGUCAAGCAAAGACAUGCUCAAAAGCUCCAUAAUCCACAAUUAGAAAACCAGAUUCAUAGCCUUCACUCCUUGAUCGAAAGAUUACAACCCAAUGUCAGGAAAGUGAAGAAGAUUGUGUCAAAGAGCAAAGUUAAGAAUUUGGCAUCUGUAGUUUGGGGUUCAAUGGUUGGUGAUCCUCUCUCUAAAUCGGUUUUUUCAAUUAGGCAAGACCUGAACCAUUGGCUUGAAUUGCAGCAAUUAACAGAAGACAUUGAGAGAGCCAUUGAUUCCAAGGCCAAGAGUGUGCCCCUACUGUUCAAGAUUAGCUCUGAUAAGGGAUACCCAAUUUCAAAAAAGAGUCGAUAUGUGAAGAGUUUAUUGGAGCAAGAGAAAUCUCAUAAAGUUGUUCUUAUUGUGGGGUUAUCAGGAAUUGGAAAGUCUUGUUUGGCUAGACAAGUGGCCUCUGAUCCACCAAAGAGGUUCAUUCAUGGAGCUAUUGAGCUAAGCCUCGGGCAAUGGUGUAGUAGAACAGCUUGUGAUGGGAGUAAAUCCAAGUAUAGGAAGCGUUUGGCCAAGAAAAUUUCCAGGUUCUUGGUUCAAAUUGGUUGUGAUAAGAAGAUUUUGCAAGAGACUAAUGGGGACCUAGAUGACGUAUGUGACUUGCUCCAAGAAACUUUAGUUGGGAAGAGCAUUUUGGUAUUUCUAGAUGAUGUUUGGGAGCAAGAUAUAGUAGACCGGUUCGCCAAAUUGUAUGGCAAUGAUUGCAAAUACUUAGUUACUAGUAGAAAUGAAGCUGUUUAUGAGAUUACUGAAGCUGAGAAGGUAGAAAUAAGCAAAGAUGAUGUGAGAGAAAUAAGCAAGGCUAUUCUUCUACAUCACACCCUUCUUACAGAAGAAGAGCUACCGGAUGUUGGGGAGCGCUUGCUUGAACGUUGUGGCCACCACCCUCUUACGAUUGCAGUCAUGGGGAAGGCUCUAAGGAAAGAGACCAGGCUAGAGAAGUGGGAAAAUGCCAUAAACAAUCUUUCCACUUACGCAACAUGUGCACCAGGCCCUGUUUCUUAUGUGAAUGAGAAAGAGGCAGAAAAUGCAGUUACUGUAUUUGGAUCGUUUGAAUUUAGUUUGGAAGCCAUGCCUGCACACUCCAAAAGACUAUUUAUUGCACUUGCAGCUGUUUAUUUAGCAGAACCAGUCCCUGAGGCCUGCCUUGAAGCUCUUUGGUACUCUCUAGGUCAAGCUAGUGUAUUCUCUCUGGUGGUCUGUAAGCUUGUUGAAGGCUCUCUAUUGAUCAAAGAUGAUUCAUAUCCAAUGUACUAUGUACAUGACAUGGUUUCUCUUUAUUUUGAUAGCAAAGUAGAUGAAGCAGUUAACAUUCUUUUAACCCAAUCUAGUUCAGAAAGUGCAGCAUCAGUUGCCCCAUGGCUUUUUGCCUUUGGGAAAGAGAAGGUGAAGAUAGCAGCAGAAGAGAAACUGAUGAGUUUCCUCAGUAUAUCACAGGAAAGGUUGGGAGUCGUUACUUUAGAAGCCAUAGUCAAUGCUCUUAUGGCUAGUAAAUCUGUCUCCGACUUGGAAGCAAGCAGCGCUAGCUUUAGAAGUAUAAUUGGACCAAGAAUAGUGGAACUAAUAUCGAUUGGUUCUCCAUAUAUCAGAGCAUCAGCUGCUAGGUGCAUGGUGAACAUAUUUAGCAGGGCUGAUUAUCGCCAAUACCAUCAAUCUCUUGAAGAUGUCUGUGCGAUUGAUAAGCUCGCCAAUCUCUUGGAAAACUGUGACAACCCAGUUAUCCAAACUGAUGUAUCGGGUGUCUUGGCAAAGCUUGCAGAGUAUGGAAGCCAAAAAACAGUAAAUAAAGUGUUACUUAAGAUACCCAUGAACAAGCUCGCAGAAUUGCUUGAUCCUGAUGCAGAAGAGUGGCAUGAUAGCUUAUUUACUACACUAAUGUCCUUGGCUAAGGCAGGCAAGUCAAAGGCUGUGGAGAGGAUGUUUGCCUCAGGCAUUGAUAAGAAGCUUAUCAAACUACUUGAAAGCGGUUCUGAGGUUACCCAACAUCAUGCCAUGGUUGCCUUGAAGUCAUUUUACGAGCUGGGUGGAACUCAUGCUAGCGAUUGUCUUAGACCUGGGACUUUGAACCUUUUGCCAUGGCAAGCUAGGCUUAGCUUAGAGAAGUUUACUCUCUUGGAUAGAAACGUCCCAAUGUCUCCAAAACCACACAAAUUUGAGGACAUUGUUCGAAAGAUGCAAGAGAAAGACAGUAGGAGGGUUAUGGAGGCUAUGCAAGAGCUUAUAUCUUUCUUUGAGAAGGCUAAUCAGCCCAAGGUGAGAGAAAUGAUAUUGCUAAGUCCUUUGAUAGGGAAGUUAGUGUCCCUUUUACAAUAUGGGAAUCCUGAUGGGAUGAGAUCAGAGAGCGCCUUUUUGCUCAUGAAACUCUCUUGCUUUGGUGGUGCACCUUGCAUUCGUAAGAUGCUCGAUUAUGACACUAUUCAGGCUUUGAUUAAGAUGAUGCAUUGUAAUGUGGAAGAUUUGCAAGACUCAGCAUACACUUCAGUGCACGAGAUGCUUUUUGGGGAGGGUGGGCCUCUUCUUCUUAAUCAAAUCCUUCGGACUGGCCAAAUUGAGAAGUUGGUUCAUUCUCUCAAUAGCAAAUCAAUUAAGACAAAGGAGGUUAGCUUAUUAUGCCUUCAAGAUCUUGUUGAGGUCGGCAGCAAGGCAUGCAUUGAUAAAAUCUUCUCCCUUCAAGUCAUCGAGAAAAUAGCACUCGAUAAGAACAAUUCCAAAAUUAAGGAUAUUAUUGUGAAUUUUGUUAAGGGGUUGGAUAAGUGUAAGAAUCUUUCCAGUGCAGAGCGUAGAGUGCUGAAGCAGCAAAUAAUCAGGAAAGUUAGGGCAUCAGUGAGGGGUCACAAACAGGAAGCACAUAUUAUAGCUGCAGUUGAUGGCUCAGUGGCUGAAGGCUCAAGGAUGGGGAGUAGUAAGCACAGGAAAUAGCUUCUUGACACUCCUAUUUUUGUCCUUUUUUUUCUAAUCUGAUUCUUUUCUUGCAAAGCUUCAGCUACUGGGUCGUAAUGGUUAGUGAGAGGUGCAUGGGCUUCUGAAAAUUCAAUUAGAGCAAUGAAAGAAGAUUGGGCCUUCCUCAGCAACAGAUCAAUACAGGGAAUAUGUAAAACUGUAGGUCAACGGGUUCUUUGUCUUCCAAUCAAAUGGAAGGUGGAGAGAGAGUGGGUCGAACAUCGGGUGCAUGUCUUGCUUUGGGUCUGUCCCACUCUCCGGUUAUCAGCAUCCCAUUAUUUCUUAGGGUUAUAGAUGACCUCAACAGGCUACAGUUUCACAUGGACAUUUCGAUUGUAGUGUACUUCCCCGCAUAUUCUCAUUGGUGUAGUGUUGAAUGGACCAUGAUUAAGCUGAGCACUAAAUUUCUGGCUGAAUUUCCCUGGACUAUGUUGGCCAAAGUAUUGGCAAGAUCCAAACCUUGAGGGAGCAGCAACCAUGGGAACAAGAUACACUUUCUGAAGGGGCACCAAGAUUUCUAUCUACUUCUAUUCUCCUACUAUGCGAUGCUUCUUCUUGCCAUGCCUAACUGAUAUGAUCAAGAUUGAACAUCUUCAUUCGUGCAAUUAAUGGCUACCCACUUGGCAUGUAAAUUUAUAUUACAAGAUGAGAUGAAUUCUUCUGUUCACAGGAUGCUGUCAGAUUUAGUUGUGUAUGCUUGGGAUAUUUGAUUCAUUUGAAAUCACUUACCACGUAAGCAUGAGGAUGAAUGGUGAGGCAACCAAUCAGCUUCAUCGGACCUUUUGCUUAUCCAGUAGGUUCUGUUUCUUGUAACUCGCCUUCCUUUUCAUAUUUCUACUGCUUUUCUUUCAUGGUUCA